AUGGAGUCCUUUCUCGGUCUCGAUCUCACAAGGAACUAUUCCUUCUUCACAGUCCCAGCUGCAUUCUUCAUCAUCACGUUCCCUCACGCCUACACCAUCACCGCAGGUGCCAAAGGGACCUACGACAACUGUAACCCUCGCUCUCACAAGGACAGAAUCGCCAGUUGCCAGACUCUUGAUAAAUCUCAUAAACAAUUCCUCCUCCGUGCAAAAGCUGCCACAGAAAACGGCCUCGAAACUAUCGGUUGCUAUGCCGCAGGCAUCUUGGCCGCAAACUUCGCAGCUGUACCAGCGCCAACAAUCAAUAUCCUUGGUCUCGGUUAUGUUGUGAGCCGUCUCCUGUACAACAUCGCUUACCUGUGGUUGCAGGAUAAUCCCCGACUAUCACGGACUGUUGGCUUUCAGUCUUCUGAAGUACAGAACUCCGGAUUCCCGCCUGGUCUCACACUUCUCGGUCACUUUAUUCGCCUUGUGCAAUUCUUUGCCUCGGGUAUAGUAGGAGGAAAUCGCAUCUGCCGAUUCCUUACGCGGCUCUUCGCCUACUGCACCUGUUCUCUGUUGUUCUAG